AUGCGUCUCUCGGCGAAUAUUUUAGGUCUUCCAACUUCGAUUUUGAUAUUGUUGAUUUCGCAGACACAUUCGGUACAGGCGGUCGACAUUGAUAAUAAUCGAUUGUUGGCUCUAUGGCCUCGCGAUUGGAUACAUGUUAAGGAUUGGAUUUAUGGAUCUGCGAGGAGGGAAAGAGGUGAGGGGUCGGAGGGGAGCGAUGUAGUGGCUGCGAAAAGUCCGGUUGGGAUACUGAAAAUGAGUGAGGAUGAAGGAGAGAAAUUCUACAUGGGAUAUUGGAGAUUUGGAAAUGAGGAUACGCACAUGAGUUUGGAUGGAGGGGAUAAGUUUCUGAGGGAGAGAGAUUUGAAGGAGGAGGCUAGAUCACUUGCGAAUUCGUCGAUUCCUAUUUCUUUUCGAGCACCAUUUGCAUUGCAUACGGAAGAUCACUCAGGACUCUUGGAUUAUGAAAAAAUUCGAGCUCGUAGAAAGGAUUCGACUGCCGUGUUGGCUAUACUGGAGAAAAGAGAUUUUAGAUGUCCUACGGGAACAUCGAAUUGCUCAUCAAUCGGAUAUCCAAAUAGUUGUUGCGCAACUGAUGAAACAUGCUUUCAAAUCACAGAUACUGGAUUGGGACCUGUAGGAUGUUGUCCUAGUGGAGGAAAUUGCGGAGGAACUAUCACGAAUUGCGCUUCGCCAAAUACACCUUGUGCUGCUGACGUAGGAGGAGGUUGUUGUAUACCAAAUUAUGUGUGUGCUUCGAUUGGAUGCGUGAUUAAUCCAUCACUUGUGGUGGUUGUUACUACAACCCAAACUUUUACUGUUGUUUCGUCGACUCCAACGACCACGAUUCAAACCACUACGAUUACUAGCACAAAAUCUUCAAGCGUAUCGAGUACUACCUCUCAAAGUUCGACUCCUAUUAGUACAACUACAUCUGCUUCAGGAGUCGUCCCCGUUCGUCCUACAGGUGAUUCUUCAACUACUACUACAACUACUUCUUCAACAAUCACUCAAGAUACAUGUCCCACGGGUUUCUAUGCCUGCUCAGCACAUUAUCAGGGAGGAUGUUGUAGAACGGGCAGAAAUUGCGAUACGACAUCCUGUCCCGCAACAUCAUCAACGACAAUAGUGAGUAGCGGAAUCACAGUAGCGGUUCCGGUUGGAUCGGCAGCAACUAUUACUUCGGCAACAGGAGCGUGUGCAACGGGUUGGACGAGUUGCGCGGCGAGUUUGGGCGGGGAUUGUUGUCCUAGUGGGUGGGCCUGUGGAACGGCUAGUUGUGAGAGUGUGAGUGUGCAGGCGACGGCUACGACUACGGAGGUGCUUCAGAAGGAGGUGCCGGGGAUGGGGGGAAGGCUUAGGGGGUCGGGAGGAGGAGUGCUAGGUUUGGGGGUGCUGGUUGGGUGGCUGGUUUUGUGA